AUGUCAGACAAUCGACGUGCUUGUGGUGCUCAUCAACGAGAAUUCUUCCAUAAUUAUAUCAAUAAUAAUCUUAAAUCUCGACCGUCUGAAGAAUCAACUUUUAUUAACUCAAAAUCUUCACACGCUAACCAUCUAUUUGAUCUUUGGCAGUGUGGCUAUCAUCAAAAAGUUUUUUCUAACCGCCUUGGUCUCACAUAUACUGCUUGUUUCACGGCCAAUGGCACUAAUUUCAUACGGAAACAUCCCAAAUGUGUUAUGUACAGGAAACAUUUUUACGAUUUUAAACUCACCCCUAGUGACAAUCCUAGAACCAGACGUAAACAAGAGACCCGUUUCAAGCCAAAAUGUAAUAGGGUUUUCCGUUCUGGUAAAUCAGAUCUUUUGGAUAAUAUUAACGACAAGCUCGGCGCCGGAAGACGUUAUCGCUUCCUUUUCCUCGGAUCUCAACAUAUCCAUAAACCUAUUCAUCACCUUAAAUAUAAAAAUUUCCGGUACAAGUCUUUUCCCGACCAUAAAGAUUAUAGCUAUGAAAUUCCCUCCUUCUCUCACAUUGGUGUUGUCGACUCGAAAGAUAAUGUGUCGGCUUCGAUCUCUAGUAGAAUUCUACCAGUUCAACCUACGAAAUCUUUACCGGGACCUUCUUCUCCUGUAGUGGUUAAUACUAUUCCUGAAUUUUUAUCUGCCGCGGAAAUCGCUGCCCUUGGUCCUUCCUUACCACCACUUCCCGAAAAUGAUUCCCUUUUUCAAAGUGCCCUAGGUUAUAAUUCCUUUGAUCCAACCCGUCUCGGUUGGAGUUAUUAUUUACAGUACGACCCUGACCAUCCAAAUUUACCUCCGAAAAUAUGUGUUCGCGGUCCUGAUCCAAACGCCGUGAACGCAGCAGUUGCCAAUUAUCACGGCACCACUUCAAAACACUCCGAACGACGCUUAAUCACAACCAAAAGGAUUACAAAUUACAACAAUACCUUCCAUGAUCAUAUGACGUGGGCUUCCAGACCGAUACCUACAAACAAAUCAAAAAAUUGGCGAAGGCUUCGGCGAGAAUAUCAAGAAUUUAUGUCAGUACCUUAUCAACAGCGGCCGAUACCGAGGCAUCGGCAAAAAUACUUUAUUGAUAUUCCAGAUAAUUAUACCUCAGACGAAACGGAACGCGUUGAAUAUCGUCCCUUGAAGCGCAACAUCAUUUCUUAUUCUUCUACACCCGCUUCACACCCUCCACACAUUAAAAGAAUUCGACACACGAUCGGUUCUUCAUCUGACUCCCCGGUCGCUGGUCAAAUGCUAAAUGAUUUUAUUUGUCAUUUUAUCACUUAUAUAUAG